CUCCAAAAGCUUCCAAAUAAAAACAAGAUCUCUGUUGCAAACAAACAAAAGAGCAACAAUGAAACGACACAGUAUGAUUGUUCAUCAUGUUACCUUUUCUCCUACGAGUCUUUUUUGGUUUGUUCUCUUCUUUCUCGUGUUGUUAUGUAAGACGACCACCACGAAUGCUUUGGUGAAGCUGUCGCCAAACGAAACGAUAAUCCCGGCUAUCAUAGUGUUCGGGGAUUCUAUUGUUGACGCCGGAAACAAUGACGAUAUUAAGACAACGUUGGCUAGAUGCAAUUAUCCUCCUUACGGCAUCGAUUUUUACGGGUCCAUUCCCACCGGAAGAUUUUCUAACGGCAAGGUUGCGACUGAUUUUAUUGCGGAAAAUUUCGGAAUUAAACCAACUGUACCGGCAUAUCGAAAUCCAAAUUUAAAACCAGAAGAUCUCUUAACUGGUGUAACAUUUGCGUCUGGUGGUGCUGGUUACGUUCCUUUGACCACCCAAUUAUCGGGAGGAAUAGCUUUACCGCAGCAACUGGAAUUAUUUGAAGAGUACAUAGACAAGUUAAAGAAAAUGGUUGGGGAAGAAAGGACAAAUUUCAUAAUUAAAAACAGUUUGGUCAUGGUUAUAUGCGGCAGUAAUGAUAUAACCAACACCUACUUUGGUCUUCCUUCUGUUCAACAUAAAUAUGACGUCUCUUCCUUUACUACUCUUAUGGCCGACAACGCUAGAUCUUUUGCUCAAAAAUUACAUGAAUAUGGAGCGAGAAGAAUACAAGUAUUUGGUGUACCACCACUAGGAUGUGUCCCAUCACAGAGAACCUUAGCAGGGGGACCAACGAGAAAUUGUGUCGUUAGGUUCAACGAUGCAACAAAGCUCUACAACACUAAGCUUGCAGCAAAUUUGGAUUCUUUGUCAACAACUUUGGGGGAGAAGACAAUAACCUACGUUGAUAUAUAUGGUUCUCUUCUUGAUAUCAUACUAGAUCCUCAACAAUAUGGAUUUAAGGUGGUCGAUAGAGGAUGUUGUGGAACUGGACUAAUUGAAGUUGCUGUUUUAUGCAAUCUUGCAGCUGACGUAUGUCCAAAUAGAGAUGAAUAUGUGUUUUGGGACAGUUUCCAUCCGACUGAGAAGACUUACAAAAUUAUGGCAACAAAAUAUUUUGAGAGAUAUAUAUGA